AUGGAUAAAAAUCUGGUCAGCCAACCAGCCGCUGCCACACUUCAUUUCUUCUCAUACCUGCUCAUUUUCUCCCCUACCGAAGUAACACCAAGCAUCUUCUUUAGCUCACAACUUUCAUCUUCAUCUUCCUCGCAGGUUUUGAUUUCCACUGCUUCUUUCUUGCAUAAGGUCAGAUACUGCAUUGAUAUUACUUUGAAGGUCUUAGAAAUAGCUUAUGCACUCGGGCUUAAUGUUUCUGUCGUUGUUGCUCAUGAAGUGUCUGUUACAAAUUUCGUUUCAGGAGUUUCACCUACAAAAAUAUAUAUCACAGAGGGUGUAAGAAUCUACUUUUACAAAAUUUAUGUAUUAUGUCAUCUUACAUUGCAGUUACUGAGCUACUUGUCUAAAAUUCCAACCGUACGUCUUAUUGUGGUAGUUGGAGAUAUAGAUGAUUAA